GGCAGCACUGUCAAUGAUGCCGCUUUACGUCCCUACCACCAAACGCAACACGACCUCCACUUCCGGGCAAGAGUUUUCAAACAACAUUAGCUAGCCAGCUAGCUGCUACACAUUUCUCUCAGGGAACUACGGCAAACUUUGCUGAGUUUUGGCUAGCGGGCUAGCCUGUUGUUGUCAAACGAGCUAGCAAUGUCGAGCUCCAAGAGGAGGAGAGCCACUUCACCCUCCAGUAGUGUGAGCGGAGGGGGAGACCUCGAUGAUACCUCCUCCUCUACUCCUGGAAGUGGCAGGAAAAGAAGAAAAACUUCCAAUCUCCCCUCUGUGGACUUGAUUGCUGUCUGCCAUGAGCUGUUCAACGCUGUCAGGGACCAUAAGGAUGAGCAGGGGAGGCAACUUUGUGAUUUCUUUCAAAGGGUACCAAAGAGAAGGAAUUUGCCUGAUUAUUAUGAAGUGGUGUCCCAACCAAUUGAUAUGACAAAAAUUCAGUAUAAACUAAAGUCUGAAGAUUAUAAUGAUGUGGAGCAGCUUACUGCAGACUUCCAGCUCAUGUUCAACAAUGCCAAAUCAUACUACAAGAGUAACAGUGAGGAGUAUCAAGCAGCAUGCAAGCUGUGGCAGGUGUAUUUGCAAACAAAGAAUGAGUUUGUGCAGCCUGGUGAUGGAGAAGAGGAUGAUGAAGAUAAUGAUGAAGUGGAUAAUCCUGGAAUGUCAACCGAAGAUGAGACCUCAACUUGCAGUUUAAAAGAGUUGCUGGAGCAACUCUUGGAAGCUGUAGUGUCGCACACUGAUCCCUCAGGGCAUCUGGUCAGUGAACUGUUUCAGAAACUGCCUUCCAAAGUGCAUUAUCCUGACUACUAUGCUAUUAUAAAGGAGCCAAUCGAUUUGAGAACAAUUGCUCAAAGAAUACAGAUUGGACACUAUAAAAGUGUUAAUGCUAUGGCCAAGGAUAUUGACCUGAUGGCCAAAAAUGCCAAAACAUAUAAUGAACCAGGAUCUCAGGUUUUUAAGGAUGCUAACACCAUAAAGAAAGUAUUCAUUCAGCGGAAAUCUGAACUUGAACAUUCUGAACCCACUAAAUCAAGUCUUCGAAUCAGGAAUCGCAGGUCUGGCCAGGGGGAUCGGCUUUCUGGUGUCACUGUAGCUCUUCAGUAUGGCUCAGAGAGUGAGGAUGACCCUGUCCUCUCUGGCUCUGUCUGUUAUGAUGAGGGGGAGUCUGAAGCUGAAAGUCAGAGUUCUAGUAUGGAGAUGAGCAACCCCAUUUUCCAGCUGUAUGAAGCUGUGAGGGGUGCAAGGAACAACCAGGGCCAGGUCUUUUCUGAACCUUUUCAGCAACUGCCUUCUCGAAGGGAAUAUCCUGAUUAUUAUCAGCAGAUCAAACAGCCAAUCUCUCUGCAUCAGAUUAGAACAAAGAUGAAGAACGGAGACUAUGAAAGUGUGGAACAGAUUGAGGCCGAUCUCAAUCUGAUGUUUGAGAAUGCAAAGCGCUACAACAUGCCUAACUCGAGCAUUUACAAACGAGCCUUUAGGCUUCAGCAGAUCAUGCAGGCUAAAAAAAGAGAACUUCUAAGGAGAGAUGAUGAAGAUGGAGACAGUAUUUUGUCAUCUGAUGCUGGAAGCAUCAAGAGGAAAAGCCACAAGAAAAACAUAAAAAAGAACAGAAUGAAAGCCCUGUAUGCUGCAGUAACUGAGGCCAGGGAGGUGGGAACCAAUAGACGUCUCUGUGACCUUUUCAUGGUCAAACCAUCCAAAAAGGACUACCCAGACUACUAUAAUGUCAUCCUUGAGCCCAUGGACCUGAAGACCAUUGAGCAAAAUGUUCGCAGUGAGCGCUAUGCCACAGAAGAAGCACUCAUGGAAGACAUGAAGUUAAUGUUCCGCAAUGCUCGGCAUUACAAUGAGGAGGGAUCUCAGGUGUAUAAUGAUUCUGAUAUACUUGAGAAGAUUCUCAAGGACAAACGUAAGGAAUUAGGGCCUCCACCCGAAGACGAGGAUGUGGGAUCUCCUAAACUCAAAUUACGAAAGAGUGGUGUUUCUCCAAAGAAGUCCAAAUACUUCACCCCUCUACAGCAGAGGCUAAAUGAACUAUACGAUGUAGUGCGAAACUUCACUGAUCGCCGGGGACGACGUUUGAGCACCAUCUUCCUCCGUCUACCGUCUCGUGCUGAGUUGCCUGACUACUAUGCUACCAUCAAGAGACCCAUCGAUAUGGAGCGUCUGCGAAGCCACAUGGCAGCUGGUCGUUACCAAGACGUUGAAGCCCUGGUGGAGGAUUUUGUACUCAUGUUCAACAAUGCCUGCAUGUACAAUGAGCCCGAGUCUCUGAUUUAUCGGGAUGCUCUGGUGUUGCACCGGGUGCUGUUAGAGACGCGUAGGCAGCAGGAGGGAGGUGAGGACAACGGGCCUCCUGUGGUGGGGUCUCUGGUGAGAGAGCUGAUCAGGAACCUCUACGUGUCCUUGAUGGCUCACCAGGACGAAGAGGGAAGAUGCUACAGUGACUCGCUGGCUGAGAUUCCUGCUGUGGAUCCCACUGCUCCUGAGAGGCCCCCACUUAAUCUAGAUGUCAUCAGGAUGAACUUGGAGCAAGGCCGCUACCGGAGACUUGAUGUUUUCCAGGAACACAUAUUUGAAGUGCUGGAGAAGGCACGGAAACUGCACAGGACUGACUCAGAGAUUUUUGAAGAUGCAGUGGAGCUACAACAGUUUUUCAUAAAGAUCAGAGAUGAGCUAUGCAAGAAUGGGGAAAUUCUGCUAUCCACUGCACUCAACUAUACGCUAAAACACCUGCACAGUGACGUGGAGCAAGAAAAGCGUGAGAAAAUCCCCCAAGAAAUAGAAGAGGACAAGCAAAAGAAGGAUGACGAAGAAAGAGGCAAAGAUGAGAAACCCGAGGAUUUGCCAGGACAAUCAUGGCAGUCGGACCAAGAAACGGAGCGAGUUUACAGUCAAGACUGCAGCUUUGAAAACAGCACUUACCAUGUGGGGGACUUUGUUUAUGUGGAGCCAUCAGAGCCAAACCUAAAACCACACAUUGUCAAUAUUGAACGUCUGUGGGAGGAUGAAGCAGGUGAAAAGUGGCUCUAUGGCUGCUGGUUCUACAGGCCUAGUGAAACCUUCCACCUGGCCACACGCAAAUUUCUGGAAAAAGAGGUCUUCAAGAGUGACUACUACAACAAAGUGUCUGUCAGUAAAAUCCUUGGUAAAUGCGUGGUCAUGUUUGUCAAGGAUUAUUUCAAAAUGCAACCGGAAGGCUAUAAAGCUGAGGAUGUAUAUGUCUGUGAGUCCCGGUAUGCUGCCAGGAACAAGUCCUUCAAGAAGAUUAAGAUAUGGGCAGUGCCUGCCAGCUCUGUGACACUGGUCCCACGCGAGGUUCCUUUGCCUGUUGUCCGUGUAGCGUCUAUGUUUGCCAAGCCUGACCAGGACAGGCUGAACAUUACCUAUUCAAUCAGUGGGAGUUUUGUGGACAAGGAGAGAGAGGAUGUCCCUAUGGAGGUGAGUGGAGCCGAUCCCAGCUGCCAGUACUAUGAACAGUUACGCUACAACAACAUGUGGUACAAAGUGGGAGACUGUGUUUACAUCCAGUCACAUGGUCUGUCAAAGCCCAGGGUUGCCAGGAUAGAGAAGCUGUGGGUGCAGAACGGAACAACUUUAUUCUUUGGACCCAUCUUCAUACCCCCUGAGGAAACGGAGCAUGAGCCCACAAAGAUGUUCUACAAGAGAGAAGUGUUUCUGAGCCACCUAGAGGAAACAUUGCCCAUGACCUGUGUCAUAGGUAAAUGCAUGGUUUCCUCCUUUAAGGACUUCAUAUCGUGCAGACCUACCGAGAUUGCAGAAGAUAACAUCCUGCUGUGCGAGAGCCGCUACAUUGACACAGAGAAGCAAGUGAAAAAGUUCAAGGGUCUGAAACGCUUCUCGUACUCCUCCAAAGUGGCCGAGGAUGAAGUCUACUAUUUCAGAAAACUGAUAGUGCCACAGAAGGAGGCCUCUCCCUUUUUGGACAAGAAGAUAGCUGAACUUGAGGUCAAACUGGCGGAUAUGGAGGAUGAUGAUGAUAUGGAAGACAUGGAUGACGAUGACGACGCCGCAGAGACGCCCUCUAUGCAACAGAUGCAGAUGCAAACCCCACUUUCAAGUGAUAUGGACAUGAUGCAAUACACACCUUCUCAGUCCACUCCUAAAGUUAAGGGCUUAUCGAAGAAGGAAGGGGCCAAGAGAAAGAUCAACAUGAGUGGCUACAUCCUCUUCAGCAGUGAAAUGCGAGCAGUCAUCAAGGCACGGCACCCAGACUUCUCCUUCGGGGAGCUGAGUCGACUUGUGGGCACUGAGUGGAGAAAUCUCGAGGCGUCUAAGAAAGCUGACUAUGAAGAGCGUGCAGCCAAACUAGUGGAGCAACAAGAGCGUGAGAGACCUCCUCAGAAGCAAGCGUCCCCGAGAGCAGGUACCCCUGUAGGGGCACUGAUGGGGGUGGUCCCUUCGCCUAGCACUAUGGGAAUGAUAAACCAGACCAUGACACCUGUGGCAGGCAUGAUGGGAGCUUACGGUUCACCUUACAUGCCCAUGCAGGGCCCUCACGAGGGUUUGCUGAGUGUGGCCCCAAUGCCACCUCACCCUGCUGGGGGGGCCCACCUGCCUCCUCACCAUCUCCAGCAAGGUUUGCUUGGGUAUCCAGGCAUGCCUCAUCAGGGUAUGAUGGGUGCUGGUAUGAACGGCAUGGCAGGAAGUCCUGCGCCAGGGAACUUUAUGCAACAGCCUGGGAUGUUCAGCCCAGGACAGCAUGCGCCUCCUCCCUAUCCUGGACAGGGCCAGAUGGGCCAGCCCUCACACCUGCAACCCACCACGCCUAUGUUUGUGGCUCCACCACCAAAGACCCAGCGAGUACUCCACUCGGAGGCCUACCUGAAGUACAUUGAAGGGUUGAAUUCAGAGUCCAGCACUGUCAGCAAGUGGGACCAAACGCUCAAAGCUCAGAGGCGCCACACUCACCUGACAAAGGAGCAGGAGAGCCGGCUCCCAGCCCACUGGCUGAAGAGCAAAGGAGCCCACACCACUAUGGCGGAUGCACUGUGGCGCCUGCGUGACCUGAUGCUGAGAGACUCUCUGAACAUGUGUCAGGCGUACAACCUGUAGGAAGCCCCAGCCACCGUAACCACAGCUCCCUCACUGCUAUUACCUGCAACCUUUGAUGUUUAGGGGGAUUAGAGACCAUAGAAGCAAUAUUUUACAGUGAAUCAUGAUCGAUUUUUAUAUUUAUUAGCAUUAACAUGAUAAGCUUUAUAGUCACUUGUGCGUGCGUUUAGAUUUUUUUACACCUUUGGGAUCAUUUGUGCUGUAAACCCGUGUUUUUUGGCGCGUUGACACUUGCAUAAUAAAUUUCCACAUACCUUG